CUUGCACGGUGUCGAGUGUAUCUCGCAACUUCCUGUGUACGAUUACCUUCAGCGCGAGCACAGAACCGACCUUUACACUUCAAAGCUGCACGAGAUCACGUGACAAUAACAACUGCACGUGAUGCCAAGCGCUGUAAAAUGGCGGAAGAAAACGAUUUACUGUGGGAUCACGCAGGAGAUGUGGAAAAUGACGUGUUGUCCGCCGAUUAUAAAUAUGGACGAUCAGCAUUCAGGCAAGAUGGCGUCCGACUAACGUACGAGCAUGCCUACGAACUCGUCAACGUUCUCGACAACACAAAAGCCAUUCUACAAAGUUACAUUCAGCAAAUGGAGCAGUCACGUGUACCAGAGGUACAGCCACCUCGACGCCAGUGCUGCCAGUAUCUGAGGAGGAAAAUACUGCCUAAAUUGUCAAGGAAUAUCAGUGUGGUCACAGUCAUUUUGCAAGGGUUCAACUUGAUGAUUCUGACCCUCAUUGACAUUUGGCCGAAGAAGGAUGACAAAAUCGUGAUGAUAUUUAGUUCCAUAAGUAUGAUCAUUCUUCAACUCUUCAACUUGAUUGCCAUUGUGUACACUUCAUAUAAGCUGGCCAGACAGAUGUACAAACGGAAGGUGAACGGUAUUCUCCUGGCACAGAACUACCUGGCCACCAUCCUCCUAUUUGCUGGGCUGUACACACUCACAUAUAGAAUUGAUAAGAAAUCUUGGAAGUUUGUUCAGGAAGACCUGAGUUCGAAUCCUGUCAUGGUCGUCGUGUUGUACAGCAAGUUUCUCUUCUUCUCUGUCUCCACAGCUACUCUUUGUGGUUCUGACAAUGCACUGCCAGUGGAGUGGUACAACUGUAUAUUUGCAGCUAUUCAGAUGUUGUUAAGUUUUGUGUACUUUGCGUCCAUACUCGGCCAGGCGAUAACGCCGAAGCUCAGUGAUCUCCUACACACGGACACCAGACAGCAGGUACAGUUGCCGCACCAGCAGUCGCUGCGACGGGGCCGGCGAAACUACGGCUCUAUGUCCAGCCUACAGAGCACUGCGGCCAACUCCCUCAAUGUUACCCAGAGUGAGUAGGUGUGGUGCCUAGCUAGAUUGAGUGGUCACGAUUUCACGCACUUCUCUGUGAACAGUGAUAUAGGAAACCAGAUUGGUGACUUCUCCUAGAUGUAUACAAGAGAGAGUCGUGUAAAUAUUAGAAAUAUUUCAUGGACCCACGUACUUGAAUGAUUGCAUUAACAUCCAAGAUAAGAAGUGAUGCAUGAGAAUAUUCUAGUCUGUUUAAUAGACUAACAGAGUUGUCCUUCUUAGAAUAAUAGAGUUGUCUGCCUUGAUUAUGGAAAAUCGAGUUCGAUUUGAAUAUAGGCACGCUAACAAAGUAAAGUAAAAAACAAACCCAUGAUGUAUUUCUUCAUUUGAAAUGGAGUUGUCUUUCUUCAUUUGGAAAAUUAAUUUGUCUUUCAUUGCAAAACAUACCGGGGUAAAUGGAGUUUUCUUUUUCAUUUAAAAAUGGAGUUGCCUUUUUUUAUUUCAAACAAUUUUUUUAUAUCUAUUUUUGGUGGGUUCUUAAUAUAAAGCACCAAAUCUGUUAUAAGUAAUAGUGUGUACUAUUUAGAUUAAAGCCAACCAUCUAUGAGAAUAUAACAUUUUGCUUUUAAUACUUUUUGCACUUUUUGCAGUCAUUAUGGUUUGACAUGAGCAAUUGCUCUCACUCACGUAUACUCAUGCAAAACAAUUUCUGCAUGGGCAAAAAACUGCUCACCUUAUCCAGGGGUGCAGAAAUGGAAAUAUUUCACUAGCCUGCUGGACCAGAACCAACUAAAAUUUACUAGCCCGUCAGACUUCUACUAGACUGCCAGCCUAAAGAACAAUAUAUUUAUUGUUUAACAAUAUAACACUGUCUUCACGUCAACGAUAUAUAAUUAACAAAUCAAUAAAUUUUGAAAUAUUCUGGUAAAGAUUUGAUGCAAAAAAAGAAAAGUAAAUUAGUAAAAAAAAGACAGAUUGCCCGUCGAACUGGUAAUUGCAUUUUUUAACUUGUCCGUCAGAAUUUUUUUUCUCGCAUUUGGCUAGCAGGCGAAUACUUUCUGCACCCUUGCCUUAUUAUAUGCUGAUAUUAUUAAUUGAUUUUACUAAAAAUCAGGGUUCGAAACCCAUCAGAAAAGUAUGGUACCCAAAACUAAAUAUUUGGGCCACUAACGCCAUUAUUAUUUUUUUAUAUUUAUAUUUUGGCGACCUGGCGACUGGCAGUUUCAGGCCCAGAAAAUUACUUUGAAUUUGACAUGGAGAGCAGUUUAUUGCUCACCAUUGAUUUUCAAACCAUAAGCACUGUUUUAUAAAUGAUUAAACUAUUUUGUCUCUUAAAGGCAUAUUAUUACAGACCAUUGACAUAUUAACUGGCCUAACAAAGUAUUUUGUGAAACAUAUGUAUUUGAUUUGUCCCUAAAUGUACUUUAUUCAAUAAUCUACGUAAUCUUCAUAUUCCACUUAUUAAUUAUAUUUUGUAAAAAAUUAUUGAAUUAUGACAAUGGUCCAUAAUUUAAAAAUUAAUAUUGCCGAAAGGAUUGACAUGAAUUUCACUCCAUCAUGGUUUAGUUCAGAUGAUUCAGUAGUCAGAUUUGGUUUCUAAACAUUGAUGUAAUGUGCAUUUAUUAUCCACUUUUGGAGAAAUAAGGUCCUUAAAUCCAUGACAGUAUGCCUUUACGGUAUUUUAUAUUUUGGGAUUGAUUUAACACUGACUAGCAAAAACGUUUAAUGAUACGCAGGCCUCUGGGAGUUAAACAUUUGCACGAACCAUUUACGGGUUAUGCAAGACCAAAUUUGGGUAAACCAUUUGAUUCCAUUUUUGCUUGACUCAUGAUCACACACAUGUAAAUGAUGUCUUAAAUUGAAUGUGCAAUCACCAAAAGCGUAGCGCAAAAUUAGAUUUGUGCUAAUGAAAUCUUCAGAGGUUUGCUAUACUUCAGAAUGAUGUGACCCGUUUACAUUAACCUUCAAGAAAUAUAGUACCAAAUUUAUAAUGAUUAUUGUCUUUAUUACAUUCUUAAUGUUUAAAAGAUACUGUUUUGAGUUAUUUUGUAUCAGGUUAUUUUGUAUCAUACUUUUAACAAUUACUAAUUCAUGUCGGCUACUGGUACUGAUAACUGAUACAGGUAUUUAUACUGAUAUCUCUACUGAUGGAAAGAAAUAAAGGAACACGCGAGUAGUAACAUCAAAUAUUGACUACAACUAAAAUCCUCGUCCACAAGUAUGAGGAAAUUAACCGUGUUACUGGACGUCAACCCCACAGUACUGACAUACAGUGUCACAAUACAUCUCUGUAUUUUAUACACACUUAACUACUCCAGUAGUGAAUUACAUUUGGUCUCUAGUACCAUGUGUUCCCUUAUUUCUUUACAUCAGUAUAUAUAUAAACUUUAAAGUACUUGUUUUUGGAUUUUUCAUGGUUCCAUCGGCAUCCGUUUGUAAGACAACAAGAUUUCCCUAAGCAGACGUUUGGGGCUCUUCAACAAUUAUGUAACCAGGAGCCUAAUUCACUAAACUAUCGCAACUUUGCGAUCUCGCAGUGCAAUGCUAAAAGACGUGCAAAGAGGAUGCUUUGUUGUCUAGCAGAGCCUAAGAGACCUUUGUGAAUUAGGCCCCAGGUGCAUAUGUAGAGGCCAGUGAUGGGGGGGGGGGGGGGGGUUCGGGGGCUGGUGCAAAAAAUCCCCCUGCUCAAGCAGAUUUUCUUUUUUUUAAAUCACUAGAAAGAUCAUUCACCACAGCAGGGUUUCAUCAGCUAUGUUUCUAGACUGAUAAUCGGAUUCAUUCCCCAAAGGCUAUGUUGUUUUUUUAUUCCCAAUUUUACAGUAAAAAUUCCCAAUCUGAAUGUAAAUCAAUUACCAUUUCAUUAUUAUAUAAAAAUAUAUUUUGAAACUGAUAUGUAUCUGUCUCCCUGUCUCUGUGAUGUUAUUUAACCAAAAUAAUUAGAUUUUUUAAUUUAAAAAAAAAUAUUUUGGUUGUAAAAAAUAUUUCAAUUACCAGAUUAACCCCCCCCCUUCAUCCAUCUAUUACAGAUUAAAAUGGGAUUUUGUUUUGAAAAUGCUGCCCCACCCCCACCCCACUGUUUUUUAAUGCAUCAUACGAUAACUCUCACCCAUUAAGCACUAUAUAAUUAUUAAACGGCCUCUUGUGUGCUAAUGAACCAUAUUUAAGUCUUUGUUGGGUUUCAGUCAGCUUUUAAGGUGCAAUAUAAAAUGUAUUUGAAAUGAAAAUGUGACAUUAAACUGACCAGUUGAAAAUUGUUAAAUUUGUGCUAUAAAUAGUAUUAUAAUACAGAAAAAACCCUCUAAACCGGACACCCUCAGGAACCAGUAAAAUGUCCUGUUUUAAGGAGUAUCUGAUUUCGAGAGGUUCUAUUCUGUACUGCUACAUGCAUUUAAAAAGGGACAAGUUUUGAGGGCAUUCUGGUUUACAGAGGGUGUUGGUUUUAGGGGUUUCACUAUAUUGUCUUUUUAAAAAUUAUUGUUAUAUUUUUAUUUAAUAUUUUUAUUAUUAUUAUUAUUAUUAAUUUAUCAUAAUUUGU